UCCAGUCUGAUGCUGGGCUUCAUGGGGGUGACAGCCUUCCUGUCCAUGUGGAUCAGUAACACAGCCACCACAGCCAUGAUGGUGCCCAUCGUCCAGGCUGUUCUGGAGCAGCUCAACAACUACACAGAGACUGAGAUGCCUGUGAUCCUCAGCGCUGAGGAGAACCCCCAACCUCAGGACCCCACUGACAGCAAACAGACGGAGAAACAGGCAGAGGGACAUGUUGUGGUGACCUGUUUAGACCCGUUUGUGGAGGCUAUCCGGCGUAAGGAGGCUGCAGACCAGAAGAAGAUGUGUAAGGGCAUGACGCUGUGUGUGUGCUACGCUGCCAGCAUCGGGGGCACUGCCACCCUCACAGGGACUGGCCCCAACCUGGUGCUCAAGGGACAGAUGAACCAGCUGUUUCCUAACAAUGGCGAUGUCAUCAAUUUUGCGUCCUGGUUCGGCUUUGCUUUCCCCAACAUGAUUCUGAUGCUGACCCUGGCUUGGCUCUGGCUGCAGUUUGUCUUUAUGGGAUUCAAUUUUAAGAAGACGUGGGGCUGUGGGGCAGUGAAGACAGAGAAAGAGAUAGCUGUGUACAAUGUGAUCAAGGAGCAGCAUCGUCAGCUGGGCUCCAUGUCUUUUGGAGAGCUGAGUGUGCUGGGUCUGUUCAGUUGUCUGGUGGUUCUGUGGUUCACCAGAGAUCCUGGCUUCGUGGCAGGCUGGGCCACAUACAUCUUCAACGCUGACGCAGAAUAUGUAACUGAUGCCACAGUGGCAGUGUUCAUCGCUGUCCUUCUCUUCGUCCUGCCUUCUAAGCCCCCACGCUUCUGCUGCAGGAGGUCCCAAAGCUUUGACACUG